CGCCUCUUCCGGGCUCCACGUUCUCACAGAGCUGGGGACUCGACAAUACCCUGGAGUUGGACUCUGACCAGGGUCUGGGAAAUGUUCAGCAUCUUUAAGCAGGAGGCCAGAGGGCUGGCCACCUCCCCUGCUUCAUCAUCCACUCAGGACUUGGGCACUAAUGGUGGAGAGGGCCUGGACAGUAACUCCUCCGAGAAGACAGAUAAGGAGCCUGUAAAUGUCUAUGGAUUGGGUGAUCCUGCUGCCAAGUUCUCCCAGAUGAGCCCAUAUCUUUCUUCUCGAGGAAGCAUCAUCAAAUGUUUUCGGGAUGCAGCCGAGGAAGGCUAUAAGGCCUAUCACUUGGAUGAGUAUGAUGAAGACAAGAACCCUAAGGGAAUCAUUAACUUUGGCACCAGUGAAAACAAGCUCUGCUUUGACCUGCUAUCCAGCCGGCUGAAUCAGAGGGACAUGCACCAUAUUGAGCCUCCCAUGUUGCAGUAUCCCAACUGGAAAGGACACAUGUGGCUUCGGGAUGAAGUGGCUCAGUUCCUAUCCUACUACUGCAAGGCCCCUGUUCCCCUCAAACCAGAGAAUGUGGUCGUGGUGAAUGGCUGUGCCUCCCUCUUCUCUGCCUUGGCCACAGUCCUGUGUGAUCCAGGGGAGGCUUUUCUGAUCUCCAGCCCUUAUUAUGGGGCCAUCACUCAACAUGUAUAUCUCUAUGGGAAUGUUCGACUGGUCUAUGCCCAUCUGGAUAGCAGGGUCACUGGAAUGGACAGCCGCCCCUUCCAGCUCACGGUCAAGAAGUUGGAGAUAGCCCUUCUGGGAGCCAAGUCUGAGGGAAUUAAUGUCAAAGGCCUCGUUCUCAUCAACCCCCAAAACCCUCUGGGUGACAUCUACUCUCAGGAACAGCUGCAGGAGUACCUGGAGUUUGCAAAGAGGCACGAGCUUCAUGUAAUAGUGGAUGAGGUGUACAUGUUGUCAGUUUUUGAUGAGUCCGCCAUGUUCCAGAGUGUCCUGGGCAUGGACAGUCUUCCUGAUCCCCAGAGGACCCAUGUGAUAUGGGGGACCAGCAAGGACUUUGGGAUCUCAGGCUUUCGCUUUGGCACCCUCUACACGGAAAACCAGGAUGUAGCCAAUGCUGUGGCCUCCCUUGGUUGUCUGCAUGGCAUCUGUGGCACUGUCCAGUACCAGAUGGCACAGCUGCUUCGGGACCGAGACUGGAUCAACCAGGUAUACCUAUCUGAAAACCAUGCCCGGCUCAGAGCUGCCCAUGCCUACAUCACAGAGGAGCUGGAAACCCUGAACAUCCCCUUCCUCAGGACCAAAGCUGGUUUCUUUAUCUGGAUAGACUUGAGAAAGUAUCUGUGCACAGACACCUUUGAGGAGGAGUUCUCCUUAUGGCACCGUUUCCUAGACCACAAGGUACUUCUGUCCUGUGGAAAGGCCUUUGAGUGCAAGGAACCUGGCUGGUUCCGCCUCGUCUUCUCGGACAAGAUCCCCAGGCUGCGGCUGGGCAUUCAGAGGAUCCGAGAGGUGCUUGAGAAGGAGCCCCAAGUGGCCAAGACCGCUUGCCCUGCCAGCCCUUGGAGAAGAGCAGUCAGUUGAGGUGAGGUGGCCUCUGACUCAGAGCCCAUGGAACCAGGUGCUAAGUGUGGGCUGGAAACAAGACUGCUUCACCUGAAUGACUCGCCGUAGAAGAGCAAGCCUAACAGAGCAGUUUACCAGAGGGAAGCCCGGGAUGGCCUGGCCCCAGGAGAGAGAUCAUACUUUGAACUGUUGAGCGCCUCUCUCUGCCAUGGGUGAUACUCUUCUGUUUCUCCUUUUGCCCAAGCAGAAUGGGCAGGAAACUGCUGGGCAAAGCUGGCCUCUGCUCCUUUCCCUGGGAGUCCUCAGCCCCUUCUUGAAGCAUCAAAGUGAAAUAAAGGCUUCUUUCUCUUAU